CAAAACAGCAUGAGUGCUAAUGUUUUGCUUGGUGGAAAGGGGGAACAGCUGAUGAAUUCGUGUGUGUUCAAAUUGUGCUAUAGUGUUGCGACAGUGUAUUUGCUUCGGUCUUAGUGUAAAAGUAAAGUGGUAUCGGGUAAGAUGGCACAUGCAAGGUCCUUGCCACAAAGCAAGGAAGCGUUGUUAAAAUCGUACACGACAAGGCUGAGGGAUGAUGUUAAGUCUAUGCUGGAAAAUUUUGAUGAAAUAAUCAGAUUGUCGAAGGCGGAGAGUGAUACGCAGCUGUCGAAGAUGACACAGAGCGAACAAGACACAUUUGAAAUGCAUGUUCGAGCUGCUAAUAUUGUUCGCGCAGGUGAAUCUUUGAUGAAAUUGGUGUCUGAUAUCAAACAGUAUUUAAUAUUAAACGAUUUUCCCUCGGUUAAUGAGGCCAUUACACAAAACUCAAAGCUAUUCCGAACGAAGCAAGCAGAAUGUGAUCAGAAACUAAUGAGUCUUAGAGAUGACAUGGCUGCGGAUUUGUAUGAUCUGGAAGAGGAAUAUUACUCGUCAAUUUAUAAGUGACUGGACACCAUCUUGUGAGUGUGGUAAUUGUACUGGAGCGCUUUAGAUGUUCCAGGAACAUUAUUUUUCCACCCAUUUAACAUUGAAGUACCUGUGAAUUAUCUGUGAUGGGAUGAGGUAAUACUUGUAUAUGGACGCAUGAAGUGUUUUGUGUUAAUUGUGACUGAUCAUACAAUCAGUGCUUUUAGUAAAGAGUGUUUGUAAGGGCUUCAGUAUUGCCACAAGUCUUGUGGCAUUUUUUGUUCAACUGCAAACCAUAAAAUGGGUAUGACUUA